CUGUCCCAAAAAGUCCCCCACAAGUUGACCAACCCCAAAUUCAACGACCCCCACGUGAAGACCAACCUGCUGCUGCAGGCUCACCUGUCGCGCAUGCAGCUCAGCGCGGAGCUGCAGUCGGACACCGAGGAGAUCCUCAGCAAGGCCAUCCGGCUGAUCCAGGCCUGUGUGGAUGUGCUGUCCAGCAAUGGGUGGCUCAGCCCGGCGCUGGCUGCCAUGGAGCUGGCACAGAUGGUGACACAGGCCAUGUGGUCCAAGGAUUCUUACCUCAAGCAGCUCCCUCACUUCACCUCGGAGCACAUCAAGCGCUGCACGGACAAGGGUGUGGAGAGCGUCUUUGACAUCAUGGAGAUGGAGGACGAGGACCGGAACGCGCUGCUGCAGCUGUCGGACGCGCAGAUCGCCGACGUCGCCCGUUUCUGUAACCGCUACCCCAACAUCGAGCUCUCCUACGAGGUGGUGGAGAAGGAGAGUAUCCGCAGCGGGGGCCCCGUGGUGGUGCUGGUGCAGCUGGAGCGCGAAGAGGAGGUCACUGGGCCUGUCAUCGCUCCCCUGUUCCCACAG